AUGCUUCUUAAAGACGACGACUUUGACGUGUUUAAUGUCUGCACCGGUGUCAAGACCUCAAUCAACGACGUUGCCGUCGCUGUGAAGGCAAAAUUCGGCUCAUCGGCUGACAUUACGCACAUUGCGUACCGCCAGGGUGAUGUCAAGGAGUCGGUAUGUUCGCCUGUGAAGGCAUCCACCAAGCUGGGCUUCACUGCAAGCUACGACUUCCCUAAGGGUAUCGGCGAAACUCGCGACUGGUUCAUGACUUUGUAGGAGGUGUGAACUAUAUACACUCACUAUGCAAGACAGCCGGGAGACACUGGUUGCAUUGUAAGUAGAUAGCCAAUGUCUUCAAAAACUGCAACGGUGCGGCUUGGCUUUUGCAAAUGAUAAUAAAAAGACCGAGA